AUCUUGUUGGUAUUGAGCUUAAUUAGUUAUGGACCUUUGAAAGGAUAUGGUUGAGAAACUGCCAUCCCUCCCCUCCCUCUUCAACCUCACUAGAUAUUAUUUCUUCAACCUCAUUUGGAUUUGAUACUUCUUCUUCAUUGAUAUUUCUUCAACCAUGGUGGCGAUGGCAACCACCACCCUAUCACCACCACUCACACCCCUUUAUUCAACCUCAACCUCAAGCAUCUCAUUCACCCUCAAAACCCCAUCACCAAUCCAUCUCAAACCCAUCAACCACUGUCGCCGGACCACCACCCUCAUCAUAACCAAAUCCAAAAACACCGAUUCAGCCGACGGCCCAGACCGCUUAAUCUCCGCCAUCUGUUACUUCUACCCCUUUUUCGACGGCAUCCAAUACGGAAAAUACGUGAUCAACCAGUUCACAUUCCUCCAAACCAUAAUUCAACCACUUGUACCCGCCAUAAGAGUCUUUAAAAGCUUCCCUUUUAACGGCUUCUUGGUGUUUUUAACACUUUACUUUGUGGUUGUUAGGAACAAUAAUUUUAGUAGGUAUGUUAGGUUCAAUACUAUGCAGGCUAUUGUCCUUGAUGUGCUGCUCAUCUUUCCUGAUCUUUUGGAGAGGAGUUUUAACCCAAGAGAUGGGAUUGGGUUGGAUUUGGUUAUGAGUUUGGAUAGUACUGUCUUUUUGUUUAUGUUGGUUUGUUUGAUUUAUGGAUCAUCUUCUUGCUUUUUGGGUCAGAUUCCUAGGUUGCCCAUUGUUGCAGAGGCUGCUGACAGGCAAGUCAUGUAAACAGUUAAACUAAGGUUGUUGAUUGGAUUGUAUAAAAGUGUAAUAAAAAAAUUGUGUUGUCAUUAGAUUA